UUCAAUAUAUGAAUAUGGAUCACUACAUGUUGAUGGAGCUACAAGUGAAGUUACUGUCCAGUCAGACUUGAAAACAUCCCCAAGUGAAUGCAUCAAUGUAAGCAAGAUGAAGAACAUUACUCGUUUAAUUGUAUCAGCCUUUGCAUUCAGAGUAUUUGGAAUCCUGCUCAUCUUUGUGGACAUAUUUCUCAUCAUGUCAGAUGUACUUUCCAAUGAUAACAAAAUAGUUUUGGAAUGCCAUUCAAUUUCUUUGGCUAUUGCAUUCUUUUUUUUCUUUGAUGUUCUACUCAGAGUAUAUGUUGAGGGGAGGAAGACAUAUUUUACUGAUCUAUUUAACAUCUUAGAUGCUGUCAUUAUUGCAAUAACUCUCUUGAUCGAUACCAUUUACUUCUUUUUUGACCUAAGAUUUCUGAAACACAUACCAAGGGUGGCCAUUCUGCUUCGACCUCUACGCCUUAUAAUUUUGGUAAGAGUUUUCCAUCUGGCUUACCAAAACAGACAACUCCAAAAGCUGACCAGAAGACUGGUUUCAGAAAACAAAAGGCGAUACAGGAGAGAUGGAUUUGACCUAGAUCUCACUUACAUAACUGAUCGCAUUAUCGCCAUGUCAUUUCCAUCUUCUGGAAAGCAGUCUUUCUACAGGAAUCCAAUUAAGGAAGUUGUGAGGUUCCUGGAUACCAAACAUCCAAACCAUUACCGAGUCUACAAUCUAUGCAGUGAAAGAGCUUAUAAUCCUGAACAUUUUCAUAACAGAGUCCAAAGAAUCAUGAUUGAUGAUCAUAAUGUCCCUACUCUCAGCGAGAUGGUGGUGUUCACCAAAGAAGUAAAUAUGUGGCUGGCUCAAGACAAGGAGAACGUAGUAGUGAUUCACUGCAAAGGCGGCAAAGGAAGAACUGGGACAAUGGUCUGUGCUUGCCUCAUUGCUAAUCAGAUCUUUGGUACUGCAAAGGAAAGUCUUGCUUAUUUUGCAAGUCGACGUACUGAUCACACCAUCAGUAGUAAAUUCCAAGGAAUUGAAACUCCCUCCCAAAGCAGAUAUGUUGGCUAUUUUGAGAAUGUGAAAAAUCUCUACAACUGGACUCUCCCACCAAAAAAAAUCCUCACACCAUACAAAAUUAUCAUUUCUUCAAUUCAUAAUGUUGGAAAAGGCGAUGGAAGUGACCUAAAAAUUCAAAUAGCUACAAAACAACAGACAGUCUUUUCAUGUUCAUCUUCUAAAAACUGCAAGAUAUUUCAUGAUAUCGAAACUGACAGAGUCAUUAUUGAAUUGUUGAACUGUCCCAUCUUACAUGACGACAUUAAAGUCAGAUUUCUCUCUCGGAAUCUCCCCAAAUACUAUGACAAAUGUGCAUUCUUCUUUUGGUUCAAUACAGCUUUCAUACAAAAUAACAGGCUGUAUUUAAGACGAAAUGAAUUGGACAACCCACACAAACGAAAAGCCUGGAAAAUCUACAGCUCGUGUUUCUCAGUCGAGAUGCACUUCACUCAGACCUAAGGCAGCUCCGGAGACGCACGGGGGCACCCCCUCGCUACAUCACCCCCAACACACUGGCUCCCAACUCCGUCCGCGCUACAGGACUCACACACAGGAACCGGCAAACAGGAACCCGAGCCGCGGGCCCUGCGGCCUCCUCCGGAACCCGUCCCGGGCCGCCCCGCCGCUCUGCGGGGACAGAGUCGGGAGGCGGCAGUGCCCGCACCCAACGUCAG